CUUCCUUGCGACCACGUGGAGGCCGGAAGAGGGACUUGCGGGUGUCCGGAUGCUGAGCAGAAGUGGGCCACAGCCUGGGAGAGAGAUGACCACCCACGUUCCCCUCACUGAGCCGUCAGGAAUGUUGCCAAGAGAGAGCUCCAAGUACUUUCAGUGCUCAAGCACAGCUUUGACCAACUCCAGUGGUAAGGAUAUGCCUCGGUGGUGGCACAAGAGGAAGAGUCGGCGGCACCAAAGGUUCAUGGUACACAAGGCCCUUCUAGAGAAGCGAGGGGUGCUGAGUACACCUCAGGAGUCAGAGGGCACCCUCCAGUUGGCCAGAUCAGAGGUUCUGGAGAACACAGGGGCCACCAAGUGUAGUACACAUCAGGCUACAUUUGAAUCCCCUGGUACCCAGCCUAGAAAAAAGCCUCUUCAGAAGAUUGAAACCAGCAAGGUCACGACCUCUGGCCAUGCUAUGCCCAACAAGUGUGUGGCCAUUGACUGUGAGAUGGUGGGCACUGGCCCUGGUGGGCGGGUGAGUGAGCUGGCCCGGUGCUCAGUAGUGAGUUACCAUGGGGACGUUCUAUAUGACAAAUACAUCCGGCCUGAGACCCCCAUUGUGGACUAUCGCACCCGCUGGAGUGGCAUCACCCGACAGCAUAUGCAGAAUGCUAUCCCCUUCAGAGUGGCACAGAAGGAGAUCCUUAAGCUGCUGAAGGGCAAGUUGGUGGUGGGCCACGCACUCCAUAAUGACUUCCGGGCCCUCAAAUACUUCCAUCCCCGGAGACAAACUCGGGACACCCUUUCUGUCCCUAGCCUAAUCAACCAAACGGGUUUCCCUAUCCGAGCCCAAUCCUCUUCUCUCAAGAACCUGGCCCUGCAGCUGCUGAACAAAAGAAUCCAGGUGGGCCAGCACGGGCAUUCGUCUGUGGAAGACGCCAUCACUGCCAUGGAGCUCUACCGGCUGGUCGAGGUGCAGUGGGAGCAGAAGGAGGCCAGCAGCCACCCCUCCAACUGUGAGGACAGCCCUCAGGAUAGUGGCACAGACAUCGAGCACUACAUGGAAGACCAGUUCUGGCUAGAAGAUCAGACUGAAGGCUGUAAAUGAUGGAAAGGCUCCCAGGGUGGGAAGAGGAUGAGCUGCUGUGGGUAAUCCAGUAAAAUUGGCCUGUCAUGUGUGUGGGAAGAAUGGCUCUUCUGGUGCUCUGGCCAUGAGGCCCAUUCAAGCCAAUUGGGCAAUGACUUGAUUUGAAGAGAGCUCCCAUUUGGCGUCCUUUGUCAGGCGGUAACAUGAGAAUGCUUUGGCUUCUAGGGGGACGUGGACUGGGGGCCUUCCCCCAACCCCCACCCUGUCUGGACAUUCCAGGAGCCCCUUACUUUGAAGACAUAUUAGUAAAUUGUCUAACCAGCCUACUGGGGAGGAAGGCUGGGGAGGAGGUCAUAUAUCUUUUGGUGUGUCCUGGUGAAGGUAUUUUGUGGAAUUCCCAAGACACUCCAAGAGUUUGUGUGUUCUUCUUGGGCCAGUGAUGCACAGUGGCCCUGCACCACCUCCCUUCCUCUAAGUUAUUCUGGUUUUUAAAAUAGACUGUGCACACCCUGAUCCCCAUCUAUGAAAUGGGGGUACUUGCCAUUGCCAUUCAGGGGCAGGCUACAGAUACAGGGAAAGAACACUGGAUUUAAAGUCCAUGGACCUGAUUUUAUGUCCUCUCUCUUGUCACCUGCCUCUGUGACCUUGGGCAAGUCACUUAACUAAUCCAAGCCUCAGUUUUCCUCAUCUGUAAAAUGAGGGGGUUGCACUAGGCUGCUUCUAAGGUCCUUUCUAGCACUGAUCUGUGAUCUCAGGGAGUAGAGGAAUUACAACUUGGGUUAAAGGUGCUAUAACAGAAAAAAGUAGGAAGUUCUCUAAUCCAACCAAGCUUACAAUAUAGGGCAAAAAAGAGGAGUUUGUAACCCAGUCCUUUCUGAAUUCCUACCAUCUUUCCUGUAGGACCAAUAUGGAUGCUGCAAGGGAAAAGAAACCCACCCAGAAGCCCCGCUAUGGUGACUGGGUGUCAUAUAAUAGAGAGGACUAGCUUUGGAGUCAGAACUGGUUGGAAUCUCAUUUCUGCUGCUUACUCUCUGUGUGACCUUGGUUAAGUCUUUCACUUCUCUUUGCCUUGGUUUUCUUUUCUGUAAAGUGAGAGGGUUGGACCGAUGUCUUAAGGACCAGUCCAUCUCUGAAGCCUUCUACUAUCCUGUGAUAGUUCAUAUGACCUGGUGACUUUAUUGAUAAGCUUUCUUUCUCAUUUCCUGGAAUUACAGGAGCUGCUCAGAACACCUCUCUUUGCUGGUGUGUUGGCAGGAGCAGGAGGAGAAAACUGCUCAGCUUUCAGUAUUCCUAAUUGUUCCUCAUUCAGUUUUCCACAUUUCUAUUGGCUUGCAUCAGGAAUUCUUCCCCACCACUGGUGCUGAAUUCUUAGAAGGGGUGACCCCAAGAAGAGAGGCGUAUUUGUACAUUUGGGCUUUCCUGAGUAAAAAUGCCAUCCUGUCCACUUCAGAGAGUAUUAGAGAGCAUCUCACUGUCUGGAUGAGGAAAGUGAAACCUUGAGAGGCAUUGACUUGACCAAGGUCAUCCAGCAAGUGGAUCAUAAAACCUAUUGAGUGGAGAACAAGAAUUUACUCUCUGGUUGGGGUUGUUUGAAGAGUACGCAGUCCUAUGCAAAGAUCAUCCCCUUUUGAUUUGAUUCAUUAUUAGUUUUGAUGCACAUUGUUUGUCGGUAAUUUACUUCAUUUUUAAGAGCAUAUCCUUUUCCUGCAUUCUUUCCUCAUUUUUUUCUUGCCCCUUCCUCCUCUCACACCCCUCCCUUCAAUUCUUCCAUCUUAUUCCUUUUGUGUUGUUUAGCCUUUCAAGUGCCAUUAUACUCUUCUGCAGAAGAACACUUUUUAGAGCCAGCUGCUGAGCAUGCUAGGGUUUCCAAGAAAAGCAUUGAGAACCCUUAGCUUAGAACUAUUUAUUGUUUAGACUUGAAUAUUCCAGCAGGUGCCAUUUGUGACCCAGGCUCAGAUGUGGUCCCUGCCUGGUGGGCUUAUUUAUUUUCAGUUCAGGCACUGGAGCACUUGUGCCUCAUAAUUACUUAGUAGGACAUUGGCCUGGGCUGUUGGGAGACUAGAGAUACAGUCCUGACCCUCUUAGUUGCCUGAGACCCUCAUCCUCUACCCCUCAAUCCUUGCCCCCACCCAGCCAGCAAGUGAUUUACUCUUUAUUCUGGUUCUUUAUUUAACUGGUGUGGGAGAGGGCAAACAAGGUUUCUUAGAGGUAGGAUCUUUGUGGCAACUAGGGACAUUCUUUGUUUUUGUAUUUCCAAGCAUAACAGUGCCUGGCACAUGGUAGGCACUUAAUCAAUGCUUGUUGAUUGGCUGAUGAUAGUAGCUAUAAUCAACUUUCACUUAUUUGCUUUUUCCUGCAUCUUUAGUGACUUAAUCUGGGGUUUCCUUUUCCCUAGUACCCAACUGGCAUUUCUAGGGAAUGAAAAUGGAUUUUCAUAUGAGCCUGAUUGAAAGAUGACUUAGAUACAGAUGCAGCUAAGAAUGAAAUCACAUGAUGCAUUCCAAAACCAAAUAUCAAUUGCUUUUGGGUUAUCUGUUCUUAUUAAUUUUUUUACCACUGCUUCCAUCCAUUAUUGCAGACUAUUGAAGGUUGACUAUAAAAAUUUUAUAUAACACUGUAAUUGAUUGCCUUUCCUGAGGAGUUUCUUCACUUAAAUUGUGGAAUGCUAGUCUUCCAUGAGUUUGUAGCAGGCUUGUAAUCUGGUCUGAAAAGACCAACUUCCUAGCAUUUAAUACUGGAGCAGCAGAUCCUGUGGCUUUCUGGGGCUGGUUUCCUCUGAGCCUCUCCAGUUUGGCUAGGAAUUAUUGCAGUGGAGUCAUUGUGCCUGGGACUGACCAGUAGAAAGCAGAAAGCAGGCUGGAAGAUCUUGGAUUGCUGGCUGGACAAAACAGGGAGGGAUUCUUACAUUCUGAUGUCCAUUACAGUGGUUGGUGGGAAAAGGGAGGGACUGGGAGAGAUUUAGAAUGUAUUUGAAACCACCUAUUCGAAACUUGCUAUUGACUGAAUAAAGCUUAUUUGAGAA